CAUCUUCGUCCAUCUGGGACAAUUUGGUUCAAUUUUUUUUUUCUUCUUUUGAUUUUUUUUUUCUUCUUCAGCAGGGAGUUUGGUCCUUUCUACGCCCUUGGGAGUCUUGGCAGGUUCGCAUUUGCAUUCCGGCAAAAAUUAUAUUAUUUAGGCCUUUCUUUCGAGGGGGUUCUGCUCUAAUUACAAAUCUGUCUGUCUGUCUGUCUGUCUUCGUUCUCGUGCUUACAGCCUGCACAAAAACCACUCCUACUUUAUUCAGGCUCUUACUAUAUAAGUCCACACGCUUGUCCUGUCCUGUGUCCAUCGCAAACGGCAACGUUGGGAAAUCACAUCAUUUCUUUGUGAAAUUGGUCCACUAGCAUAGCAUACUAUAUAAUCGGAGCCAUUCCUCCUGGUUUCUUUGAUCUCUCAAACCCUUUUUCCGCAUUCAUCCACCACAUUUCGUCAUAAUGGUCGCUCAAAACGGCGAUUCCGUCUCCCAGGAACGCCGCUUCGGAACUUUGGCCGUGCAUGCUGGUGCUCCCCAUGAUCCUACCACCGGCGCUGUUAUUGCUCCGAUCUCUCUGUCUACUACAUUCGCACAAACCAGCGUUGGUUCCCCUGUUGGUCUUUACGAGUACACUCGCAGCUCGAACCCAAACCGAGACAACUUUGAAGAAGCUAUCGCUGCCGUUGAGCACGGUAAAUAUGCUCUGGCCUUUUCCUCCGGAUCUGCCACCACUGCUGUGAUUCUGCAGUCUCUCGCAGCGGGCUCGCACAUUGUCUCCGUCUCCGAUGUGUACGGCGGCACCCAUCGCUAUUUCACCAAGGUCGCAUCUGCCCAUGGAGUUGAGGUAACAUUCACGCCCAGCAUUGAGGAGAAUGUUGAACAGUUGAUCCGUCCCAACGAGACCAAACUGGUCUGGAUCGAGACCCCUUCCAAUCCUACCCUCGGCUUGGUCGAUAUUGAGAAGGUUGCUGCCAUCGCGCAUAAAUAUAACAUCAUUGUGGUCGUCGACAACACCUUCAUGAGCCCCUAUGUCCAGAACCCCUUGGAUCAUGGUGCUGAUAUUGUUGUGCACUCCGUCACCAAGUACAUCAACGGUCACUCAGAUGUCCUCAUGGGUGUUGCCGCGUUCAACUCGGACAGCUUGAAAGAGCGUCUUACCUUCCUUCAGAACGCCAUUGGUGCCGUUCCGUCUCCCUUCGAUUGCUGGCUCGCUCACCGCGGUCUGAAGACCCUCCACUUGCGUGCGCGCGAGGCCACCACCAAUGCCACGGCCGUCGCCAAGGCCCUCGAGGCCUCUCCCCAUGUCAUUUCUGUCAAUUACCCCGGUAUCGACUCUCACCCGCAGCGCGCUAUCGCUGUCAAGCAGCAUCGUCAAGGCAUGGGUGGUGGUAUGCUGAGCUUCCGUAUCAAGGGUGGAGAGCAGGCUGCCCACUUGUUCUGCAAGUACACUAAGGUCUUCACCCUGGCGGAGAGCUUGGGUGGCGUUGAGAGUCUUUGCGAGGUUCCCGCAGCCAUGACCCAUGCUGGUAUUCCCAAGGCCGAUCGUGAGAUCGCCGGUGUUUACGACGAUCUCGUUCGCAUCUCUUGCGGUGUUGAAGAUGCCGAAGAUCUCACGGCUGAUGUUCUUCAGGCCCUUAAGAAAGCCGUGGCUGCUAGCCACCCCAUUGAGAACGGCAGCGCUUGAUUGAAUGGUCGUUGAUGAUUGAGAACUGUUUACUGCGAUAGAAGAUAGACCCGUUAGAGGGCUAGAUCAAACACCAUCAGUUGAACACUCGGUGGAACGUAACCGACCGAGCGAGGCAUGAAGUAUAGUGCAUGGUGAGGAGCUUGCAUAGAAACUCAUUUCUCUAGUUAGAUUCACAAAUCUCCUUGUGAAAUUAUCAUGAGCGCAGCAUACACGGUUGAUAAUGAAUGUAUCUG